AUGGAUCUCGACCUGAAUGCUGAUGUCCCCGAACUGGAUGUGACAGAUUGGAAGAAAUGUGGCGAUAUUUCAACUGCACAUGCAGAUGUCCCUCAUGAAGCUUCCGAGUCUGAAGACAUGACCGACGACGAGGAACCGAAGACAGAAAUCAAAAAGGAAGUUGAGGAUGAGCCGACACAGGACAAAUGCAAGGAAGAGGUUGAGACCAAAGAUGAGACCAGCAGUGAUGAAGACAGCUCUGAUGAGGAGAAGACAGAGAAGGCCAAAGGUCUUGAGGAGAAGGCGGUGAAGAAGGCUUCAGAAAAAGAAGAUGAGGAGAAAAAAGGAUCAGAAGAGGAAAGCUCAGAGGAGGAAAGCGAUGAUGAGAAAGAAGGUGAGGAAGCCACGGACGAGAAGACCGAGAAGAAGACUUCAGGUGAGGACACAGUUGAGGAGAAGCCCAAAAGUGAAGACAAAGGAAAAACGAUUGAGGCCAAAGAUGAGACAAGCAGUGAGGAAGACAGCUCUGAGGAGGAGAAGACAGAGAAGGCCAAAGGUCUUGAGGAGAAGGCUGUGAAGAAGGCUUCAGAAAAAGAAGAUGAGGAGAAAAAAGGAUCUGAAGAGGAAAGCUCAGAGGAGGAAAGCGAUGAUGAGAAAGAAGGUGAGGAAGCCACGGACGAGAAGACCGAGAAGAAGACUUCAGGUGAGGACACAGUUGAGGAGAAGCCCAAAAGUGAAGACACAGAAAAAACGAAUGAGGCCAAAGAUGAGACAAGCAGUGAGGAAGACAGCUCUGAUGAGGAGAAGACAGAGAAGGCCAAAGGUCUUGAGGAGAAGGCUGUCAAGAAGGCAUCAGAAAAAGAAGAUGAGGAGAAACAAGGAUCAGAAGAGGAAAGCUCAGAGGAGGAAAGCGAUGAUGAGAAAGAAGAUGAGGAAGCCACGGACGAGAAGACCGAGAAGAAGACUUCAGGUGAGGACACAGUUGAGGAGAAGGCCAAAAACGAAGACAAAGGAAAAACGAAUGAGGCCAAAGAUGAGACAAGCAGUGAGGAAGACAGCUCUGAGGAGGAGAAAACAGAGAAGGCCAAAGGUCUUGAGGAGAAGGCUGUGAAGAAGGCUUCAGAAAAAGAAGAUGAGGAGAAAAAAGGAUCAGAAGAGGAAAGCUCAGAGGAGGAAAGCGAUGAAGAUGAGAAAGAAGGUGAGGAAGCCACCGACGAGAAGACUGAGAAGAAGAUUUCAGGCGAGGACACAGUUGAGGAGAAGCCCAAAAGUGAAGACAAAGGAAAAACGAAUGAGGCCAAAGAUGAGACAAGCAGUGAGGAAGACAGCUCUGAGGAGGAGAAGACAGAGAAGGCCAAAGGUCUUGAGGAGAAGGCUGUGAAGAAGGCUUCAGAAAAAGAAGAUGAGGAGAAAAAUGGAUCUGAAGAGGAAAGCUCAGAGGAGGAAAGCGAUGAUGAGAAAGAAGGUGAGGAAGCCACGGACGAGAAGACCGAGAAGAAGACUUCAGGUGAGGACACAGUUGAGGAGAAGCCCAAAAGUGAAGACAAAGGAAAAACGAAUGAGGCCAAAGAUGAGACAAGCAGUGAGGAAGACAGCUCUGAGGAGGAGAAGACAGAGAAGGCCAAAGGUCUUGAGGAGAAGGCUGUGAAGAAGGCUUCAGAAAAAGAAGAUGAGGAGAAAAAUGGAUCAGAAGAGGAAAGCUCAGAGGAGGAAAGCGAUGAAGAUGAGAAAGAAGGUGAGGAAGCCACGGACGAGAAGACCGAGAAGAACACUUCAGGUGAUGACACAGUUGACAUGCACAGAGAUGAGGGUGAGACAAGUGAGAAGAACAAGGCAUACACAGAGCCUGACAUGAGCGACAGUGACACCGACAGCAACAGCAGCAGCAGCAGUUCUUCUUCUUCUUCCAGUUCAAGCACAACCAGCAACGGCAAAGACAAAGAGGAGGAUGGAAAUCACAAGCUUGAAGAAGCUGCAACCGAGGCUGGAAGAUUAGCUGAGCUGGAUAGGGUGGGUAUGGAAACCUUCCAUAGCUUUUGUCGUGGAUUCCAUCCAGAUUUAACAGCUUGUGAAGCACUGCAUUCAACCAAGCAGAAAUCGAACAAGGAGAGUCAGAAACAAAACUCACACUUUGAUUUGCGGACUUCAUUCCUUCAAAAGACUUUGCAGAAGGAGAAGAACAAAGAGGAAGCAAAGCAAAGCAAAAGAAAGGCUGAGAGUAACACAGGGGGUCUUGAAGAGGACUUGGAUCGGGAAUGUGAGGCUGUGAAUUUACUACGGUCACGACUUCGAAGAAAGACUUCGGUGGCAUGUUUGAACAACGGCACUCCAACUGCGGCCUCAGCCUCCGUUGUGGAGCCAAAGCAGGAGCCCAAAGAUGCGAAGAUGGAGAAGAAAACAUCGAUGGUGCACAAAGAAGCAUUUCAGGACUUUGCCGAAAAUAGCUUCAGGGUUACAAUCACCAGGGUUCAGCAGCUAGCCCUCCAAAAGGCAGGAGCAAGAUUGCCAACACCAAGUGAACAAUUAGCCAUGGUCAACAAAAGAAGGGAAGCCAAAAAAUCAAAGCGUGGAACAGUGAUUUACGAUGUGCUGCACCGGAUUGACAACCUGCAGGACGGUUGGGUGGUGGAAGUGAGAAGGAGGCUGAGCGGAAAGGCUGCCGGUCAGAUCUAUAAGCUUUGGAUCUCGCCAAGGGGGGAACAGAUUUGGACAAAGGGCGGCGCAGAGAAAUGUGGCUUCAAGCACUUUGAGAAGGUUGCGGAGAUCUGUAAGAACCUCCCCAAACAAAAUGUUACGAAAAUUGAUGCUCCAGAAACCGAGGGUGCCAAGUCUAAGUCGAAAAAUCCCAAGCCAAAGGGUAAGGGAGUGAAGAAGACGAAAUCGAAAAAGACCUAGCUCUUACAUAACACACCCAGCAGUGGCAAUUCUUCUA